AUGAAGAGGGUUACAAAGAAGGUCGGGAAAUAUGAGAUUGGUCGAACAAUUGGUGAAGGCACAUUCGCAAAGGUCAAGUUUGCGAAAAACACAGAGACUGGUGAGGCUGUUGCUGUUAAGGUUCUGGCUAAAAGCACAAUACUGAAGCAUAAAAUGGUGGAUCAGAUUAAAAGAGAGAUCUCCAUUAUGAAGAUAGUGAGACAUCCUAAUAUUGUGAGACUGCAUGAGGUUUUGUCAAGCCAUACAAAGAUAUAUAUAAUACUGGAAUUUGUCACUGGAGGAGAGCUUUUUGACAGAAUUGUUCACAAACGAAAGCUCUCAGAGAAGGAAGCCAGGGGAUACUUUCAACAGCUUAUUGAUGCAGUUGCCCAUUGCCAUUCCAAGGGUGUCUACCAUAGGGAUUUAAAGCCUGAAAAUCUCCUUCUUGAUUCCAAAGAAAGGCUAAAGGUUUCAGAUUUUGGACUCAGUGCACUCCCACACGAAGGUGUUGAACUUUUAUAUACCACUUGUGGAACCCCAAAUUACAUCGCACCAGAGGUUUUAAGAAAACGCGGAUAUGAUGGUGGGGCAGCUGACAUCUGGUCAUGUGGAGUCAUCCUGUAUGUCCUGUUGGCUGGAUAUCUUCCAUUUGAGGAGUCAGAUCUUCCAACUUUGUAUAAAAAGGUCAGUGCUGCUGAGUUUUCAUAUCCUUUCUGGUUCCCUUCUGGUGCAAAGUCAUUACUAGACAAGAUUCUGGAUCCCAACCCUCAAACUCGUAUUCGAAUUGAUGGAAUAAGGGAGCAUCCAUGGUUCCAAAUGAACUAUGUAUCAAUGAGUCAGGGUGAAGAAGGUGAUGCGAGUUUAGAUGAUGUUCGUGCAGUUUUUGAUGACAUUGAGGAUCAAUAUGUAAUGGAAAGAUCAGAGGAGAAAGCUGCGCCUUUAACAAUGAAUGCAUUUGAGAUGAUCACUCUCUCUCAAGGACUGAAUCUAUCUGCCUUAUUUGAUAGGCGUCAGGAUCAUGUAAGACGACAAACUCGUUUUGUAUCCCGUAAGCCUGCUAAAGAUAUCAUUUCAGCAAUCACAGCAGUUGCAGAAUUGUUGGGUUUUAAGGUCAUUAGACGUGGCUACAAGACUAGACUCGAGGGUGCAUCCGUGAAUCGUGCUGGACAGUUUGCUGUUGUUUUGGAGGUGUAUGAAGUGGCAACAUCUCUUUUCAUGGUGGAUGUUCGAAAGGCUGCUGGAGAUACUCUCGAAUACCAUAAGUUCUAUAAGGAUUUCUGUGGUAAACUCGACCAUAUCAUAUGGAAGCCAAAAGAGGGACUGCCAAACUCUUCUAUAUACAGAACAAUGACGUGCUGACCCAAGGAGUAU